AAAAUCGAAGGGGCCAGAAAGGUAUAAUGACUAAUGCGAUGCGGCUGUUAACACCAACACGUAACACUAUUUAACACAAGCAAAUGCCUGACAUAGUAUGAAAAAAGUUUCCUAUCCAUUUCCACACGCACUCUACUGAACCGCCAUAAAAAAAAGUGCGCAUCUCUGGUGCGCAUGCGCGCCAUCCUCAUGACGGGCACGCCUUUUCUCCAAUGAGGGAAACUGUGGCAGUUUGUAAGCGUUUCACUCAAAUCAAACCCAUUAGGUUAGAUACCUGUCUCCUAGCUCACACAUCUAAUGCGAGGAUGUGUUCUGCGAUUCGGCUGCGGAUAUAGAGUCCGUGGGCGAUGGUGUCUCUGGCGCUGAAACACGGCUGGUCAUCAUUAUGGAAGUGUAAGAGUUAUGAAGACGAAUGAUAGAGCUGAAUCGUCGGAGGAGAGCUGUGUACAGGAAGGAGCAUGGAUGCAGCUAGCACCAUCGAGCAUCCGAGUCAAGGAAUGAGGAAGCUAGCCUCUUCAACUCUGCAUUAGCACACCAUAUCCGAUCCACACGCAGACCACAGCGUUUUUAAUGCAUAUCAGUGCCAUAUCAGUGUUAUACAGUGCCAGAUAGAGGAGCCAAGCAAUGCUUUCUGCUGGGGUUAUCAGGAGAACUACCUUCAUCCACUGGUAAUUUAAGGACAAGAGACCAAAUGCAACACGUUGCUGGCUGACUGUCGGCUCCUGCAGCUCUCAUUCAUCCGGUGGGAUGACGGCGUCCUUUGUGUUCUGCUGCAUUGCCACUGUGCUGCCUGGCCACUCUUCUUUUGCUGUAUCUGACCUCACUUGGGCCUCCUGACAUCUGUAAGGCUCAUGCGGCGCUUUGUUUACUGUAAGGUGGUGCUCACCACCUCACUGGUCUGGGUGCUGGUGGACGUCUUCCUGCUGCUGUACUUCAGCGAGUGUAACAAAUGUGACAACCGAAAGGAUCACUCACUCCUGCCCGCUCUCAGAGCUGUGAUGUCCCGAACUCAUGAGGGUCCAGGAGAAAUGGGAAAGGCUGUGAUCAUUGCGAAAGAGGACCAGGAGAAGAUGAAGGAACUCUUUAAAAUCAACCAGUUCAACCUGAUGGCCAGCGACAUGAUGGCACUCAACAGAAGUCUGCCUGAUGUGAGAUUGGAUGGGUGUAAAACAAAGGUUUACCCUGAUGACCUGCCCAAUACCAGCAUUGUGAUCGUUUUCCACAAUGAAGCAUGGAGCACUCUCUUGCGUACUGUACAUAGCGUCAUCAACCGCUCUCCGAGGCACCUACUGAUGGAGAUCCUACUGGUGGAUGAUGCCAGUGAAAGAGAUUUCCUAAAGAAGCAGCUCGAGGACCAUGUGAAGACACUGGAGGUACCAGUGCGGAUCUUGCGCAUGGAACAGCGUUCCGGUCUGAUUCGGGCACGACUGCGAGGAGCGGCUGCUACCAGAGGUCAGAUUAUCACCUUCCUGGAUGCUCACUGUGAAUGCACUGUGGGCUGGUUGGAACCCCUUCUCGCCCGCAUUAAAGAAGACAGGAAAGCUGUGGUCUGCCCCAUCAUCGAUGUCAUCAGUGACGAGACUUUCGAGUACAUGGCGGGCUCGGACAUGACGUACGGAGGCUUCAACUGGAAACUGAACUUCAGGUGGUACCCAGUUCCUCAGAGAGAGAUGGACCGACGUAAGGGAGACCGCACUUUACCCGUCCGGACUCCUACCAUGGCUGGCGGUUUGUUUUCGAUCGACCGGACAUAUUUUGAGGAGAUCGGCACCUAUGAUCCUGGGAUGGACAUAUGGGGAGGAGAGAACUUAGAAAUAUCAUUCAGGAUCUGGCAGUGUGGCGGCUCUCUGGAGAUCAUCACAUGCUCCCACGUAGGCCAUGUGUUUCGUAAGGCGACGCCUUACAGUUUCCCAGGUGGUACCGGUCAAGUGAUCAACAAGAACAAUAGACGACUGGCUGAAGUCUGGAUGGAUGAAUUCAAAGACUUUUUUUACAUCAUAUCACCAGGUGUGGUGCGAGUGGACUACGACGAUGUAUCGGCUCGCAAGGCUCUGAGAGACGCUCUGCAGUGUAAACCUUUCUCCUGGUAUCUGGAGAAUGUUUACCCUGAUUCACAGAUACCACGCAGAUACUACUCACUUGGAGAGAUCAGAAAUGUGGAGACCAACCAGUGUGUGGACAACAUGGGAAGGAAGGAGAAUGAGAAAGUUGGCUUUUUUAACUGCCAUGGAAUGGGUGGGAACCAGGUGUUUUCAUACACAGCAGAUAAAGAAAUCCGGACUGAUGACCUUUGUCUGGACGUGUCCCGUCUGAAUGGCCCUGUCAUCAUGCUGAAAUGUCAUCACAUGAAAGGCAACCAGAUGUUUGAGUAUGAUGCUGAGCGCCUGACCCUGCUUCAUGUGAACAGUAAUCAGUGUUUGGACAUGCCCUCGGAGGAGGAUAAAAUGGUUCCUACAUUGAAAGACUGCAACGGCAGACGCUCGCAGCAGUGGAUCCUCAAAAACAUGACCUUAAGUAUGUGAAGUGGAUGCUAUAAAAGAGCCAAGACAAAUCACAGCAUCUCAUGCGUCAUGUCAUUACAGGAGAGUGUUCUGGCCUUUAACGUGCACUUUGGAUCUUUUACAGUACAUGCUGACUGGAUUUAGACUUUCAGCAUCAUAGAUGUGUUGAACUGUUAAUAUCGCAAAAUCAUUUACCACUUAUGGCAUGUCGUAGCUGUGCACACAUGCUGGAGGGCUUCCAGAAAAAAGUGCCCUCAAAAUGGUGGUCUCAGCACUGUUGUGAAGAAAAGGAAAAAGAGAACUUUUUAAAAACUUGUGGUUACAGUUCUUACAGGAUAUAACUGCAAACGGGCCUGUUUCAGACUGAUUGGUUCAUGCAGAGUGGAAUACACUAUGAUUUUAUUUAUUUAUUUAUUUUUAAUUUGCUGCCACAUCUCAUAGUUUUUUCUCAUUUUAAUUGGCCCCUAUGCUUUGCUUUUUUAACAGCUUUUUGUUCUCAAGCUUUUCGACUUAUUCACUGUUAACACUUGGGAUAUGUGUGGGAACUAAAAUUACUUGCUCACAUGUAAAAAGUGGUUAUAACCGUCACGGUUCUAGGCAAGAGUGUUUGGGGUUGUUUCAGAGCCAAAAAAAAAAUUGGUUUAUAAAGUGCCCCAGGUUAAAAUGGACUGGAUCCCCAACCCAAGAUCCAGGCCAGAACCCAGAAUUUAAUGCAUCGUGUUCUAAAGCAAAUCUGUGUCUCUGGUCCUCAGUGGAUUCCUUUCACCAUGCAGUUACCCAGUUACCAAUUCUGCUGAAAAAUGCUGAUAUACUGUACCUCCUGCGCUGUGUCAAUACAGUACCAGCGGCAGGCUAAUGCUACUGAUUUAUCCCCAAGGGACUAGAUAGCAUACAAUCUGAGGGAGCUAAAGCCAUAAUUCAGUAGCGUCUUGUCCAGCCACUGUGGCUGCACUCAGGAUAGUGAUUGGAAGCUCUCAUAUCUGUUAAUAUCCUGCUCUACCAAUGUUAUUUCUGACUUCCAUUACUUUAUCCAUAAAUGAGUGCAGCAUGAUUGGCCAAUAUGUAUGUGCCAUUAUUUUUAGCUUCCCUUUGUACAUUCUUUUCUAUGGCGUUAAAAAAAUAAUAGGUCAAAGGGUGGCAAAUAAGACAUCUCGGCAUCUCAUCACGUUUACAUUAAAUCAAUUUUUACCAGACCUGGCUAAUUGUUACGCACAUGCUACCACUUACAAAUAUGGUAAAGCAGCAUAUGAUAUUAAGGAGGAUUAACAAGUAUAUUAAUCUGGAAUAAUUUUGAACUCCUCAAUACUAACUGACUGCCUGGAAGCAAUGCACACUAUCUAGAUGGCUAAAAACAUGUAUAUAUACAGAUAGACGGACAGAUGGAUAGAGAGAUAAUAUUAGUUAACUACAAUGGUUUUGAACUUUGGGUAUAUUAAAUUGCUAAAAUUGCUUCUGGUCCCUUUGAGCAGCAGUUUAGCUGUAAAAAUGUAUGGCCAAUUGGACAGCAAAUUUCAAGAUGUACCUUUAUGCUUUCUUACUGUUUACUCUGCAUUUACUGUAAAAUCACAUCAAAUUACAUUUUCACAGUUGCUACUGCCUACAAACAGUUCCUGACUUAGUAAUUAGUUUUUCCUGAUGGUAAAAUUAUUAUGCCCCCUGUCGUCGUCUUCUUCUUUUUCUUUCGGCUGCUCCCGUUAGGGGUCGCCACAGCGGAUCAUCCGUUUCCAUACUACUUUGUCCUCUACAUCUGCCUCUUUCAAACCAACUUACCUGCAUGUCUUC